UCAUUGUAGACGAACUUCGAAAUAAUUUUGGUUCGUAUUGCUAGUAUUGAUUGUAUAUCGUAAUUUCUGAAUAAAAACUAGAAUGGAAAAUUCGGCUAAAAUGGAAUUUUCUGAGCGAAUUCGUAUGAAUAUCACAACCGAGAAUUUGCCUUCGAAUUUCGAAAACGAAAUUGUCGAAAAUCAUGAAAUCAUUUCCAUUAGGUGCAAUUUGAAAUCAAUGGAUGAUAUUAACGAAUGGGUGAAAGAAUUUGGAAAUUCUACGAAUACUAAAUGGAAUUUUAGAAAAUCAUGCCCUUCAGGAAAAAGAUUUGUUUGCUGGAAAAAGUUUGUUUGUCAGUAUAGCUCCUUCAAUAAAGUGCCAUCUAACAAUAAUAAGAAAGGCUCAAAAUACUGUCAUCCAUCCCAUUUACCGGACAUCCUUUCUUGCACAAUUGCCGACAUAACAAAUUAUGAAGAGAACCAACCGUUAGAACACCAAAAGAACUUCGAAGAAUUCCAUUGCAGCUGUCUUUUAAAAGGGGAUUAACUGGAAUAGUCACUAUUAUUCCAUUUCAUAAACACAGUCUUAUGACUACGGAGACUUUAAGAUUUUUUCCUGUUGAAGACUGCAGAGCUGUUGGAAUUACGAGAGGCAGCAAACAAGUAGCAUGUGGUCGUCCAUCUAAAGGGCUUCAAAUUCCCAAGAAAAGGAAGCAUAGAAAAACCAUAGCAUACCUCUUAGAAAAUGUUAAAUUGAAUCAAACUAAUGCUAAAAAAAAUUAGAAUGUUUUCUUAAAAAUCCUUUGAAUGAUUUAUUCUAUUUUAUAUAUACCUUUUACUUGGAAUGUAAAAUUUGUCUUAUGUGAAAAAUGUUUCUUUUUUUCUGUAUGUAGAUAAUGUCAACAAUGAAAAAAAUGUAUAUUGAUUUAGUAUCUAAGUUGCUGAAAAUAUUUCUAGAAUUUAUUAAAGGGUUGAAAAGCUUUUUAUUUCUAUUCUCACAUUAUAUA